AUGCUAGAGUUUUACCUUAUUAUCCAUUUUCUUUUUGCAGUGUUACAAUUUCUCAUCGGGGUUUUAGCAAACGGCAUCAUUGUGGUUGUGAAUGGCACUGAGUUGACCAAGCAGAGAAAGAUGAUUCCAUUGGCUCUCCUUCUUUCCUGCCUGGGGAUUUCCAGGAUUUGUCUGCAGUCAGUCAUCUACAUUAAUCGGGCUAAUGUCUCUUUGAUUGAAGUCCCUCUACUUGUUGAGAAUUUUGUAAUUUUCAUGUUUGUAAAUGAAUUGGGACUUUGGUUUGCCUCGUGGCUCUGUGUUUUCUACUGCGCCAGGAUUGCCCCCGUAGCUCACCCACUCUUCUUCUGGUUGAAGAUGAGGAUAUCGAAGUUGGUGCCAUGGCUGAUCCUCAGGUCCCUGCUGUAUGCAUCCAUCCCCUCUAUUUUCUACAACAAAUAUACAUGGGUUCUUUCCCAACAACUCUUGUUGGGCUUUUUCUCCUCCAACGCAACAACUCAAAUCAAAGAAACAUCUGCUUUACAGAUCGUCUUUCUUGUGAGGUUAUUAUCGCCGUUAUUUAUCUUCCUUGCUUCUGCCCUGCUCUUGAUGUUUUCCCUGGGGAGACACACCUGGCAGAUGAGAAACGCGGCGAUGGGCAUCAGGGUCCCUAGCACAGCUGUCCAUGUGAGGUCGCUUCUGUGUCUGUCCUUCCUGGUCCUCUGCCUCUCCCACUGCAUGACAGCUGCUUUGCUCUCUUCACAGAUUUUUAAGCUCAGGAGCCUCAUGUUUCUGUUCUGUAUCUGGGCGUUUGGGUCAUAUCCCUCUGGACACUCUAUGAUCUUAAUUUUAGGAAAUCCUUAACUGAAGCAGAAUGCAAGGAAGCUCCUCCUCCAUGGGAAGUGCUGCCAGUGA